AGAUUUUCCGUUCAUGUAUACACACUCACACACACACACACACUCACACACACACAGCACUGGGACAGAGGACAGAGGGACGAAGCAGACAGGAACCUAAGAGAGAGCAUCAAAAAAAAGGGAAGAACGUAUAGAAAGGAGCUAAGGAAAGAACGACAAGCAGGAAUCGGACGGGAGAAAGAGGUGCUGUGUGCUGUGUUUACGUGAAACCACACAAACCCACCAAGAAGCACAAAACUACAACAUCAGAGACCUUCAACCAUCUCUCUGUUAGAAGAAGAACAAGCAAGAAUACGACUCAGUAAAACUAAUUUUACUGCAAGAAAAACAUCAACCGAAGUAAAAAAAAGAUGGCGCCCAAAAAGAAGGCCAACCGCCAAAAGAAGCCUGGCAUGGAAACCAUCUCCCCGGUCACCAUGGAGACCACGCCAACCCAGCUAAAGGUGGAGAGCCGGGGUGAUGGUGUGGUGGUGGUGGAGAGCGGGGUGAAGAAGAUCGAGCAGAUGGCGGCACUGGACAUCGCUCAGCUCAACAGCCUGAACCUGCCGCUGCCGCUGCCUGUCAUCAAGCCCGGAGAGAGAGGCCUGGGCCUGGGCAGUGAGCUGACACGGCCGCUGCAUGGCAACGCUCUGUUGGAGGAGCUGAGCAAAAUGCGCCAGGAGAAGUUCCUGACUGACCUGGAGCUGGCCUGUAAGACCAAGGCCUUUGACGUCCACAAGCUGGUCAUCUCCUCCAUCAGUCAGUACUUCAGAGAGAUUCUGGCUAAGGAUCCAGGCAUGAAGCGCCUGGAGCUGCCGUCCCUGUCACCUCUGGGCCUGGCCAACGUCAUCACCUUCGCCUAUCUGGGUCGCGUCCACAUGUCCCUGUACACCAUCGGCUGCACCGUCUCCGCUGCCGCCACCCUUCAGAUCCCACAACUCCUGAAGAUGUGCAUGGACUUCCUGCUGGCCGAGCUCAACGUCCAGACGUGCGUCUACAUCUGGAACAUCGCCGCCGCCUACAGCCUGCUGCCCGUGUGCGACGCCGCCCGCCGCUUCGUCCUGGACAACUUUGUGCAGUUUGCCGACACCCCCCUGUUCAUGCAGCUGACCCUGGAGCAGAUCUCUGCCUUCCUGCAGGACGACUUGCUGAUGCUGCCUUCAGAGGUCACAGCCUUCCAGUUGGCCAUGAGGUGGCUCGACUUCGACGUCUCUCGUCAGGCCCACGCUGCCGAGCUCGUGAGUCACGUUCGCUUUGAGACCAUCCCGGCCAGCGAGCUGGUGAGUCAGAUCCAGCCAGUGUCCCGUAUGAUGCUGGAUCCCCAAUGUCACCGCCUGCUGGUGGACGCCAUGAACUACCACCUGCUGCCCUACCAGCAGAACACCCUGCAGUCCAGACGCACACAGGUCCGCGCCGGUCAGCAGACCCUGCUCACCAUCGGAGGUCGUCCAGCGCUCACUGAGAGGGCUCUCAGCCGGGAGGUGCUGUGGAGGGACUCUCGUGAGGGAGGAGCCUCCUGGCGUCACCUCUCGCAGCUGCCGGCGAAGAGCUUUAACCAGUGUGUGGCCGUGAUGGACGGCUUCCUCUACGUGGCUGGAGGAGAGGAUCAGAACGAUGCCCGCAACCAGGCCAAACACGCCGUCAGCACGCUCAGCAGAUACGACCCUCGCUUCAAUACCUGGCUCCACCUGGCCAGCAUGCGGCAGCGUCGCACCCACUUCUCCCUGGCUGCGAGCGGUGGGCGAUUGUUCGCCAUUGGCGGCCGUAACGUGGAGGGCCUGCUGGCCACCACUGAGAGCUACCUGCCCUCGUCCAACACCUGGCAGAUGCGCGCACCCAUGGAGGUGCCCCGCUGCUGCCACUCCAGUGCCACCCUGCCCUCCGGAGACAUCCUGGUGACCGGUGGCUACAUCAACUGCGCCUACUCCCGCUCGGUGGCGUGCUACAACGUAAGCACGGACACCUGGAGCGACAAGUCCUCCCUGGAGACUCCUCGUGGAUGGCACUGCUCCGCUACCCUGGGAGAGAAGGUGUACGUGGUGGGAGGAAGCCAGCUGGGUCCUGGUGGAGAGAGGGUGGAUGUGAUCUCCGUGGAGGUCUUCUCUCCAGAGAGCGGGAUGUGGAGCAGAGCUGCUCCUCUUCCGCUCGGCGUGAGCACUGCUGGCCUGUCACCGCUGGCCGACAAGUUGUACCUGCUGGGAGGCUGGAACGAGAGGGAGAAGCGCUACAAGGCGGCAGUGCAGAAGUACGACCCGGCCACUGACAGCUGGUCUGCGGCUGAGGAUCUGCCAGAGCCAACGGUGGGAGUGUCCUGCUGUGUCUUGACCCUGCCACCCCGCCACACACCGCGCCGGCAGCAGCACCGCAACACGCCAACUCACGAAGAGCAGCAGCAGCAGGCGGUGAAGAACCGCAGCAGAGAGAGCAGCGUGACUCCAUCACAGACCAUCACAGCAUAAAGAUGCAAGAAACCAGGGAGAGACUAGAGGAGAGGGUGGUUUAACCUCAGGAGAGCUGGAUCAGGGCUGCAACUCGUGAUGAUUACUGUCAUGGAUUCGUGAGUUGUUUGGUCUGUCACAAAAAAUAAAAAAAAAUAACCACGGGGACAUUUUCAAAUGCCAUAGAUAUUCAAUUUAAAUCAGUGUUUCCUAAACAUUUUUAUUUGGGGGCCCAACUUAUUUAAAAUAUGAACAGUAAAUUUGUGCAUAAUACAGUGUUUCCUGUUUCACUGUGAUUAGAGUAACACCUAAUAUUAGUUUAAAUCACAAACGUCACUUAAUGCAUGUUAAUUAAAACAAAUACUCAUGUAUCUUAAUUAAAAGGCUGGAAAAAAAAUUAUUUGGAGACCCAAAAAAACAAAGAAAAACAAGUUUCUGUGACUAUGAAGUGAUGUACGACUGAAACAGUGAAUCAAAGUAAGGUGCAGAUUAUCAUCGGUUGUUGUUUUCCGCUCUGAUCAGGAUCAUGUCUGCUCUCCUUUUCUUCUGCUCAUCAAUACAUGGGAAACAAUCAUUUAAACCAUUUUUUGUUUGUUUGUGACACACACAGUUUUAUGACAUCAUUCCGAUCCAUCGUGCAGAUGUGUGACAAUAAUAAAUACAUGAAUAAAUAUGUGUAAAUAUAUAAAAGGGCAAAUAAAA